AAUCCCAUCAUAAAUUUUUUCUAUCAUUUCCUCUUCAAGCACUCCUCACGUGAUCAUACCACCUGUCAAUCCCUCAUUGGUUACCAUUUCAAACCCUUUGGAUAUUUUUCCUUCUCAUACUAUUCCAAUCCAUAAAUAACCAUGAACGCCGUCUAAUUCCCUCGCCUCUGUUUAUCCCUUUAUUAUAAAAUAAAAUAAAAUAAAAUAUAAAUAUAAUAAUAAAUAAUUUUCCAAAGCUAUAUAUAAGGGAUAUGUCCCCUCCAUCCCUCUUUGCAAACCUUAUCUCUAUUUUAUUCCGUUACUCUUUAAAAACAAACCCGAUAAGCUUCUUCAACUUCGGAUUCGGAUCAUGGACGAUCUCAUACCGGGUCUGCCAUCCGACAUCGCUCUCGAGUGCUUAAUCCGCAUCCCCUUCGACCGGUUCAGUUCAGCCCGGUCCGUUUGCCGGUCCUGGCGAACCGAACUCGGUUCACCCGCCUCCACCGCAUCCGCAACUCCUCCGGCCAAGCCCAAACCCUCUUUGCCUUCGUCCAGGCCGAGCCCAAAACCCAUCCAAUCCGGCCCAGCCCAUAAAUACUCCACUCCGGCUUACCGUAUCUCUCUCCUCCAACCCGAUUCCGCCACGUGGACUUCACUCCCGCCUAUUCCCGACCUCCCUCUCGGCCUUCCUCUCUUUUGCCAGCUGGCCUUCGCCGGCUCCGGCCUCGUCUUGCUCGGCGGUUGGGAUCCGGCCUCGUGGGCCGUUUCUAACGCCGUCUUCGUCUACGACUUCGUUGAGUCCACGUGGCGUCGUGGGACCCCCAUGCCCGGUCCCAAGCGAUCCUUCUUUGCUUGCUCGGCAUCUGUGGACCCCUCUGUUGUCUACGUGGCAGGUGGACACGAUGAGGACAAGAACGCAUUGAAGUCCGCGUUGGCGUAUGACGUGGCGAGGGAUGAGUGGACCCAGCUUGCUGACAUGGCAGUGGAGAGAGAUGAGUGUCGUGGAGUGUUCGCGCGGGGUCGGUUCCACGUCAUCGGAGGGUACGGCACGGAAACUCAAGGGCGUUUUGGGAAAAGCGCGGAGAGUUUUGAUGUCGCCACGUGGAAGUGGGGCCCGGUGGAGGAGGAUAAGGUGAGUGAUGGCACGUGCGCGAGGACGUGUGUGGCGGGUGAGGAUGGGAGGAUGUACAUGUGCGUUGAUGGACACGUGGCGGUGGAGGAUGGGGUGACGUGGAGGGUGGUGGCGGAGUUGCCGGAGAGAGCAAGGGUGGGCCAGGCUUUGCUGACGUGGAAGGGUGGGUUGAUGGUUGUUGCGAGUGGGGCCCAGUUUGUGUACACGUUGGAAAAGGGUGGGACGUGGAGGUGUGUGGAGGCCCCACAUGACUUUUCGGGUCACGUGCAGGCGGUGUGCUGUCUUGUGAUCUAAGUUUGUGAUUUUUUUUCUUUAAUCAUGUUUGCGUGUGUCUCUAUAUACACAAUUUUUCUCUUU